GUCAUUGCUUGCGUGAUGACGUUUUAAUGGAGGUUCAGAGGUGGCAGCUGUGGGUUGAUAUCAAUGACUGUCGGUAUUUGGAAUAUAAAACUGUUUAAAAGUUAGUUAAAAGGCCCUGAUUGUUUUUAAACAAGGUAAUUGGGAGUUUUUGAACGGUUCACUUUUAAUUGCACAUGUCUUGUUUAGCGAACGCUAAGUCGGGAAGGUUGAAAUUCAAGCCAUAUUAGGAGUUGGUUAGCCAGCUAAGUUAACGUUAGCUAGAUUUGCUAGCCAGCUGCCAGCCACAUAUUUUAACUAGCUAGCUGACAGGUGUGCUAGGGUUGGGCAUUAUAAAAGGUGAUGAAACACUAUGAUAUCAUUGUAACUGAAGAGAAACGCAUCCUGUUCCCACUCUAGGUUUGCAGUUUCCUAUAUGGGGGGUGAGCUAGCAGAAGUGCUUGCUAGCUAACUAGCUAGUAGGCUAGUGGGACAGGUAGCUUAGUUUGAUAACUAGAUGGGUGCCUGUCAUCACAGCCUGCUAAAAAGGUAGCUGGCCAGUUAUUUGCCCCAGUAACAUCAAAACAUAGUAAUGUCCUCCUAACAGCUAUAUUGUUAGCUACAGCAUUAGCUAUCUGGCUCAGUCAGUAAGUUACACAGUAUCUUAGCUAGCUAGAUGUUUUAAUGUAAGCAUUGAGUAUGUGGCAAGAAAUCUCACAGGGUUAUUGUGUAGUCUGACAUUGUUUGUUGUUUAUCCCCAGGUCAAACAAAUAAAGAAGGACCACAAUUCCAUGGUCAGUUUCUCUAAGGAGAGUUAGUUUGUUUUUGAUGCCUUGCAUGUAGAGCAGGCACUAUGCCAGCGGCUACUGUGGAUCAUAGCCAAAGAAUAUGUGAGGUUUGGGCUGACAACCUGGAUGAAGAACUCAAAAGGAUCCGCCAGGUCAUUCGAAAAUACAACUACAUUGCCAUGGUAAGUUAUGAAGAGUUCUGAUCAAAGGCAUCUUGGUUGACACUGACAGAUAUGUGCUGAACAUUACGUGCCGCUGCUCCAUUUUUGCCUUCUCUAUUGCUUUGUGUUCUGUUCGUAGGACACAGAGUUUCCAGGUGUAGUUGCGAGACCGAUUGGAGAGUUCAGAAGCAAUGCUGACUACCAGUACCAGUUACUGCGAUGUAAUGUAGACUUGCUAAAGAUUAUCCAGCUGGGCCUUACCUUUAUGAAUGAACAGGGUGAAUAUCCACCAGGAACUUCAACAUGGCAGUUCAAUUUUAAGUUUAACCUCACGUAAGCAUUCCCCUUUCUAUGAUGUCUAUCAUUUUUCGACUUAUUGUAUCAAGACUUGACUUGCCCAUGUUAUAGAGGCCUCAGCUAUGCCUCUUGUACAGCACCAACAGAACAGGGGAAGUUUCAUAGCAACGGUUCUUUGGAGGCACUAGGAGAAAAGGAAGAACCUUUCUUUCUUUUUUUACCAUGGAAGGUUUUAAAGAUGAUUGUAACGUUUACAUGCAUGUAUUGUCUGGUACUUUCUUGAGGAAUUAAAUUUUUUAUAACUUGAAAUCUCUGCAUUAAAGUUAACUACAAAAAGGAAGUCCAUUUGAUGUAGUCUGUUAUUGAGGUGAUAUUAUUGUAGUACAAGUUUGACUAGCCUACAUUUCUGCACUGAUGGGCAAAGGCACAAACAAACCUGCUCAUAUGAUGUAUGAAACCAAGGUAGAACAGGCCUAUGUUCAGUGUUGAUACUCCACACAAUCAGGGUCACGCUCAUGGCUAGCUCCGGUCCAGGCCAUUUGAAGGAUCAGUGUCAGCAAGCCACAUUGAACGCCCUGGACCAGAGCUAGCUCAGGACCUCCAUAUGGGAGUGAACGUUGUCACACUGCAGCUGCACUGCCUGCACACCGUUCAGGUAAAGGAAAAUGUGACCAAGAUUGUUUAGAAACCAUGCGGCCAAGACUUUCACUUGAGCCACCUAAUAGGCUGCACCUGUCACAUGAGAAGCUGCUUACGUUCCCAACGAGCUAAUUUACUUGCUUUUCUCCUAGUGCCUCUCCAAAGUCAUUUUUCAAAUGUUUAUAUGGACAUAUUUCAUAAAUGCAUUCUCUCUUUACUUUCAAGCAUAUCGCAGGUACUGGGUUUUAUUUUCUUGUUUGUUUUGGUGCAGCACUGAAGACAGUGUUUUCAGGAGUAUUUAGUUGUUUACAUGUAACUUGUUUAUAUUGUGGAAGUAAAACUAAAGGCUUAUCAGCAGUGUAUCAGACAUUGAAGAAGAGAUAUAGUUGUACUGCGUCCACUUACACAGCAACAACAACUUAGUCACGCCAGUAUGAAAAUGUAUGCACUCACUAACUGUAAGUCGCUCUGGAUAAGAGCGUCUGCUAAAUGACUAAAAUGUAAAUAAAUGCUUAGUGUACCCCUUGUUCUUAUAGCCGUUACAUUCAUUGCUAUAAAUCAUGGGUAUUUAAACCUUUUCAGCUCUUGAUACAAAAUAGAAAUGUACUAUUCUCCCGUGACCCAAAUCUUCCUCUAACGACCCAAAUUAAGAAGAAAUGGUGUUAUUAUAGAUGUAUUCUCAUAACUCGUGACCCACCUCUCACAUGACCAGGGCCCACUUUGGGUCCCGUCCCAUAGUUUAAGAAACCCUGCUAUAAAUGUGUAGCCUAGGUGUGAGUGUGACAUGUCUCUCUUUCCGUCGUUAGGGAGGACAUGUAUGCACAGGACUCCAUCGAGCUCUUGACGACAUCAGGCAUCCAGUUCAAGAAGCACGAGGAGGAGGGGAUCGAGACAUUGUACUUGGCUGAACUGCUCAUGACCUCAGGCGUGGUGCUCUGUGAGGGCGUCAAGUGGCUUUCUUUCCACAGGUAGGCCAUUUCUAAGCACACAUCUGUUAAAGACUUGGCCAUUAUUAAAUUAAAAUCAAUCAUCUUAGACCUAAGCAUUUUGUUUAUUUUUCUGUUUGCAGUGGCUAUGACUUUGGAUAUCUGAUCAAGAUUCUGUCCAACUCUAACCUGCCCGAAGAGGAAGUGGACUUCUUUGAGAUCCUUCGCCUGUUCUUCCCCAUCAUAUAUGAUGUCAAGUACCUCAUGAAGAGCUGUAAAAACCUCAAGGUAACUUCAGCACAUCAUAACAAAGAAAGUAUUACUCAGCUCUGUAUGCAAUGAGUUUUCAGAGAGCUAACUAGGCCAGAAGUUUUGAUUGAUAGUCUUUAAAUGCAUUAGAGACAUGGCUAGAUUAGCAGAAUAUGUGAGUGAUUGACAGGGUGUGGUUUGAUUGACAGGGUGGGCUACAGGAAGUGGCAGAGCAGCUGGAGCUGGAGAGGAUUGGCCCCCAGCACCAAGCUGGCUCAGACUCACUACUGACAGGCAUGGCAUUCUUCAAGAUGAGAGAGGUACUCUAUCCAUGGGUGUCUCCCAAAUGGAACCCUAUUCAAUAUAUAGUUCACAACUUUUGACCAAAGGCCUAUGGGCCCAGAUCAAAAGUAGUGCCCUAUAAAGGGAAUAGGGUGAGAUAUGUUUGUGUGAAUGGAUCAUAGAACAGGGAGAUUACUCACAACUUGCAUUUCUUCAAAGAGCCACCAGAUGUUAUUAAAAACAUAUAUUCCUUUCAGUAACCAUGUUUCCAUCCACAGUUUUUAUGGGAGUAAAGUCAUACCAUAUAAAAAAAAAUCCUGACAGCUGUGAUGGAAACAGGACAUUUCGGUAAAUUUUUAUAAAUUCCGACAGAUAAUUUGUUUGUUUGACAUGGUAGGAUCUUUUUGUGUCUGUAAAAUUAAUUAUGCGAGAAAUUGCGGUGGAAACAAAUAUGAAUAUAAUAACCAUCAUAUCAACGUAAACGUGUGUGGUCCUUUUUAUCCACUAUGUCGGUUUGGUGGAAACACACCACUGGUGGGAAAAUUCACAUUUUCUUUGCGGAUUUUAGAAUAUUCGCAUGACAAUCUGUCGCCAAUUGGAUGGAAACCUAGCUACAUAUACAUUUAUCUGAGUCAAUAUAUAGCUCCAAAUGACUGUUGGAACAAACUAGUAUACUUCUUCCUGUAUCUGAUGACAUCACAUAUUUUCUUAGAUGUUCUUUGAGGAUCAUAUCGACGAUGCAAAGUACUGUGGUCACUUGUACGGGCUGGGUUCAGGCUCUGCAUACGUCCAGAAUGGCACAGGGAACGCCUACGAAGAGGAAGCCAACAAACAGCUGUCAUGACAGCAUCACUGGGAUCUCUCUGGAUGGUCUGCUCCAGUCAGUUACUUCGACGACUGGAAUAAUGAAAGAACAAAAGCAUAUAUACCAUUUAGGAAGCUCUUUGUCAUAAGCUCUUCUCACUUUAGAUGGUUGGUGAAUUUGGUGGUUCAAUAGGAACUAUCUCCACACGUACCCAAGGUGUGUGUGUGCUUAAUAUCAUGUAGUUUUUUCUAUGAAAGCAGGUUAGAGGGGCUGGUUGGUUCAUUUAGAUUUCACAUAAAGCGCUUGAAGAGAAAACAAGGGAUUUUAGUUUUUCAAACAUUUUCUGUAGACAUUUUGCACUUUAAAGCUCCUAAGCAGAUCCUUGAUUUUAUAUGAAAAGCUAACAGUUUUUCUGGAAUGUUCCUCUUCGUUGCCUUCUCUUCUUUUUCACUUAACAUCUUUAUUAUGAAAACAACUUUUUCCUUUUUUCCACCAAACUCAGCCUUAAUUGUAGCUACAUUUGUUAUUUUAAUAUUUAAUUUAUUGUACUGGUUGGUUGUUUUCAUGUGAUGAGACUCCCCCACCCCCCACCCCCCUCUCAUUACAUCAUUCAUAUGUUUAAAAAAAAAAUGCAAUAUACAAG